AUGUCGAAUCCGUCAAUCGUGAUUGUGCCAGGCGCAUGGCACAGACCUGCCCAUUUUCAAGGCCUUAUCGAUGAUCUCGCAAAGGUUAAUUAUGAAGCAGUUGGUGUGACGAUGCCUUCAGUGGACUCCAGCCCUCCCCUGCCAAGCUGGGAUCAGGACGCGCAAGCUGUGCGACAGGUGAUCAUGGAAAGGCUGGAUUCUGGCAAGGAUGUUGUCGUCCUAGCCCACUCAUUUGGUGGCAUUGCCAUGUCCGAAGCUGCCAAAGGUCUGGGAAAGAAGGAACGAGCCGCACAAGGCUUGCAGGGAGGAAUCAUCAGGCUGAUCUACAUGUGCUCAAUGGCAUUGCCCAAAGGCCAGAGCCACAUUGGACAAUUGACUCCUCAGACCCCAGAGGAGGAAGAACUUGAGAAACAACGCCAGGAGCUGGAAGCCAAAUUUGGAGGGAUGGAAAUCACCGCGGAAGGGGCUCUGAAGCUACCCAAAGACAAUGUCCACAUGAUCCUGUACAACAGGUGCGACCCGAAAGAUAUCGAGAGAGCCGUGGAGCUUCUAGGGACUUUCCCAGCUGGUCCGCUCUCUGUCCCUGUGACGUAUACCGCGUACCGUGAGAUUCCGAGCACCUACAUUGUGUGCAAGAACGACUUCGCACUACGCCUCCCGUAUCAGCGACGAAUGAUUGCACAGGGCGAAGGUUGUUUCGACGUGGAAGAGUGUGAUGAAGGCCACUCUCCUUGGAUGAGCAAGCCGCAAUUCAUUGUUGACUGUGUUAGAAGGGCAUCUGGAGAGAAGUGCGGAAUGCCGGGGGAUUUCAGAUCUCUUAAGGCGUUACAUCAAACAAACAAACCCCCACGACGCCAAAAUGCGAGUUGCGACCCAUGCAGGCGGUCAAAGCGACGUUGCGUCGUGUCACCGAGUACAGAUGGCGUUUCUGCAUGCGAGAAUUGCACACGCCUAGGACACCAAUGUACAUUUGAAUUUGCCGACUCCAAGUCUAACUUGACUCCAAACUCAAAUAAAAGAAGAAAACAUCAACACAAUGCUACAGGCAGAACAAUUCCAGAAGAUGGUUGUACCCUGGUGACUUCGCCCCCAGCAGGUAUCACCAUUCCAGCCGAUCAAUUUGACCCCACUUUGGUGAUUGACCAGGACAUACUUUCAACCUGGCUGACUCUUGAUUUUGACAAUCAUCUCGAGGGCGAUAAUACAUGUUCCACCAAUGGCCUCCACUCAUUCACUUCGGCAACGGAUAUGUCUCCCCGACACACACCGACGUCUGGCAGCAUCGACAAUGAGCUCAGUCUUCAUUCAACCAGCUUUCCGAAGAUUGAGAAUUGUCGGUCAUUUCAGUCCAUUCCUAAGUUCGGGGUUUCCUUCAACAGCCCGAUCUACUUGUUGAAUAGCGGCAUAGAUGCUAAGAUCCUUGGCGACCGCUUGACGCGAAUCUACGAGGCAAUUGCAACAUCCUCUGCGUCGAGGUUUCUUGAGUAUGAUUGCAACCUCUAUCCUUCGAAAAAUCGCUACCGGAUAGGAGAGAGCACAUCGAGUAGCUUGAAUGGAUCUGCCCUUGCUCUUCCGAGUACAGAGUCAAACGCAAGCCCAUUGGGUCAUGUCGAUUCAACACCGUUACAGGAUGAAACGGCGCAACAAAUAUCUUUACUUGGGAGUGUUCGCUUCCUUGAUCAUUUCGGUGACUUUUAUGGCAACCGACUCAGCACAGCUGCUCGAAAGAGGUCCGACGAAACUUUGAAGGCGGUGCUUCGAGCAUUCUCGAUGCAGUGGCUCCCUAGUUCGAAUCCUUUGUUUGAGGAGGGCAACAACGACGAACGGCGGGCAGAAGAGAAUGCGUUGGAUUCAUUCGUCGAUGCAUGGGUUCGCGCAAGAUCCCUCCUCCUGGAUGCACAUGCACACAAAACUCGCUCAUUUCGAAUGAUCCUUGCAACCCUCACUUUCGUCGGGAUUGUGACGCCAACGAAGAUUAUUGAUACUGAAGGCCUCGUGUCGAACAAUUUUCUCCACGAUGGUUUGAAUCAAUUGUGUUGUUUGGAUCAACUCGUUACAAAUUAUUGCAUUGAGCUUGGUCCAUCUUCAACUUAUGGUUCUCUCGCCGAGGCAAGCUUGAGCAUUAUUCGGUGGGCUGGGUAUAUUCGUGAUACAGGUGCGGCAUUGUCGCUGGACCACAAAUCAAUACUUCCCGAUCAAUGGGGUCCUACAAGGACUCCUCCUAAUAAGGAGUCUAUAGCAGACUGGGCUACUUGCCGCAACAUUCUCGAGCUGGACGCGAACAUUCAAUCCAUCUUCCGGAAAGUGAGCGCCGAGACAUUUUAUAUCUGGAGGAAGAUAAUCAAUAUCAAAGAAAGCAUUACCCUGUCGCUUGGUAUUGUCUCCGACCCAUCCCAGUCCACCAUCGAUGCUAUCAACAUGGGGAUAAGUACAAUUGACGAAUUCAACGAAACGUACCAAUCCUUCAUCUCUCAUUGUGUGAGAAACUUUGAACACCUCUCUACUUGCCCCAGAAUCUCCAUCGUAUCUCAUACGAUGUUUUGGAGCCUCGGGAUCUUCCUCCUGGUCGAUGUUUUCCAAAGUGCCACUGCUACCAACCUCAAUGAAAUGACCACACAGCGUAUUAGCCCCGUCAUUCGCAAGUACCAAGACCAUGCAGCGUCUGUCGUGGCCAAGGUAGUUGAAUCUGUGCAGAAAUUGCCCGCUGAAGAGAUGUUCAAUCUGCGAAACGGCCUGGGUGCCGAGGUCCCAAUCACGGUUUACCACGUCACACCAAGUUUAGCUGUGACCGCGCUUGAAAAAGCCAUUGAAAGCGUCAUAGAUUCCCAAUCCACCCUGACAGCACACAGUGGCUUAGCAGAAUCUCAUCGGGAAGUUCUUGUGCCUGAUGGUAUCUGGGAUCGUCAAAUCGAUAUCUUGAUGAAAGGUCUCAUGUCUUUGGACGUCACUAUUGGUGGCUCGCAGACGUGUGGGGUGACGCUGCGACGAUUGAUGCGGAGGCAUGGAGAUACAUUGUCCGAGUGCUGGACCUCCGAGUUUGAGACAUAG